GGUCAUGUGACUGUGAUGACGUUUUAUUUUCAGUUGACAAAUAAUGGAUUAAAUGUAGUUUAUCAGAGAGAAUGCGAAAUGGGUUGUUGUUUCAGUAAAGAUGAAGAUAAAAAUUCGCAAUAUGGAGAACCUACUGAAAGAACAACACUACUUGGAAAUCCUGUCAGUAAUACUACAUGUAGGCCAUUUCAAAGUAUUGAGCAAGAUAUUCAUGAUAAAAAUCCACAUGGUCAAAAAAAUGAUCAGCAAGCUGCAGUAAAUAGAAUAUUACAUCAAACUGCUUGCAAUGUAAUAGAUGUUUCUGCAAUGAGCACCCAUCAUUUAGAACAGCAUGAAUAUUUAGAUAGGGCGCAUUUAUAUAAACAAAGAAUGAAUAAUGCUGCUCAAUAUUUUGAUCGUUCUUGCUUGAAAAACAGCUUAUUAACUGAUUUACCAGAUCCUGAAGAUUUAUUGUCAAAAGAGCCACCAUUACCAAAUGAUUUGAGAUUGGUAAGAAAUAAUAAUAAGUUUCAUUUAAUUUUUAAUAUAGUAUAUAAUAUUCUGGAAGAAAAGAAUAGGCUUGGAGUGGGACUCAAACCUGCAACUUUGCUUACCAUGGAGCUACAUGGCCAGUUAUGCUAUCCUGACCAUGAGUGA